AUGACUGAACCUAGGUCAAGCAUGAGUAACUUUGUGAUCGGUGUGUUCGGUUUGGUAUUUAAGGAGUGUAGGAGCACUAUGCUCAUUGCCAAUAUGGAUCUUCCUAGAUUGAUCAUGCAUACUCAGCAGAUUGAGGCAAAAAAGAGGAAGGAAAGAGAGAUAGCAUAUAGGAGGGCUAGAACAGGGCAUGCUCCUGCACCCAGAAAUGGGCAAGAACUGUGGGGUAAGUCUUCUAUGUCCAGAUCUCAGAAUAGUAUGAGUGGGAAGGCUAAUCAUCCCCCAUGUGCUAAUUGUGGUAAGAAUCAUAAAGGUGAAUAUUCAUGGGGCCAGAAGGGUUGUUAUGGUUGUGGCCAACAGGGUUACAGAAUCAAAGAGUGCCCAUAUGCUAGACGGGGUAAUAGAGAUGUUCAUCCUCAGACUCCUGCUAAUAGUGCACCAGCUCUUCUAAGUCGCUCAGCUCCUUCUCAGGGCGCAUAA